CCGAGCUAGAACGACAACGGCAUCGCAUCGGCGUUCGAGCAGAAAGUUGUGUGCUUACAAAACCAGAUUAACCAGUGAAGAAAGGAUGCAGAAGUUGGUGUGCGGUGGUUUGCUGGUGCUGGUGGCCCUUCUUGCCAGCUGCGAGGCGGCUCCGAUGGACCAAAUGGAGGAGCAGAUGCAGCAGCAGGAUGAACCGAUGGGCAUGAUGGUGAUGGGCAUGGUGGAGGAUCCGAUGAUGCAGGAGCAGCAACCACUUACGCUGGAAGACAUGGUUGCGGUUAACGAUCACGGCGAGCCCAUGGUUAUGGGCGAAAUGGUUCGCGAGAAGCGACACCAUCGUGGCGGCUACGGAGGCGGCUUUGGCGGAUACCGUGGUGGAUACGGAGGAUUCGGAGGAUUCGGAGGUUACGGUGGCUACCGAGGUGGAUAUGGCGGCGGGUUCGGUGGACACCGGGGAGGAUACGGCGGAUAUCGUCGAGGUGGAUAUCACUGAGCGUGACUGUGAAAGGUGUAAUAUUACAAUAAAGUAAUCAAUAAAGAACGAUUGUGAUAUGGCAUGACAAAGUA